UGGUGCAAUCCCGUAUUUUCACUUCAUCAUCACAAAAGCAAAAAUGAUCGAGCUUUUUUCUGAUUUGAAACGCUCGGAGCGAGCUUUUUUGGAGGCGGCGUAGCCGUGCGGUAAUCAUCGUGGAGAGGAACAACGCCAAAUAACAGCCGCGACGGCGACGCCGGGCUGGCGGGCGAGCUUUCGGGUGCGGGUGGUGGUGGUGGUGGUGGCGUACCACGUGGUGCAGGGAAGGUAGCCCCGCGGCCCCGAGUGCUGCUGUUGCCGCCGGUUGCAGCUGCCUUCCAAAGGGCCUUUCUAUCUAUUCCUUCUCUAGUUGCUUCUUUCUUGAACCGUGGCUGCUGCUAGUUCUUCUCUCUUCUCCCCCCUGCUUGCUUUUGUCAUCGCCACGGCUCCUUCAAGAUGAGUCAGAUGACGUGGGAGGCAGUCAGGCAUUGGUGCUUGCUUAUAUAGCCGCGUAUUCACGCCACAGCAUCCUCCCCCCUCCCUUCCUCUCUCGCAGCACAGGUCUUCAUCAUCCUCCCCGGCCUGCCAUUGCUGGCGCCGGCCGGCUGAAUCAAGCUAGACUAGACGAAAGAAUUUGGUUGUGACGAGGGAGCUGUGCUGUGCGGUGCAGAUGCCGACCAUCAUCGUCUCGGUGGACCUGGAAUGCGGCCGCUGCCGUGCCAAGAUCCAGAAGGUGCUCAACAGGAUCCAAGAGAAGGGUGAGUUCUGCAUCGAUGACAUCGACUUCGACGAGAAGAACAACAAGGUGAAAGUCACGGGGCCGUUCGACCCGGAAAAGCUCGCCGACAAGCUCUGCUGCAAGGCGUGCAAGAUCAUCAAGCAGAUCGAGAUCGUCGAGCCUCCGCCGCCGCCGCCGCCGGAGAAGAAGGAGGAGCCCAAGAAGGAGGAGCCGGCCCCGCCGCCGCCGGAGAAGAAGGAGGAGCCUGCCCCGCCGCCGCCGGCGAUUGUUGAGGAGCCGCCCAAGGAGAAACCCAAGGAGGAGCCACCCAAGGAGAAACCCAAGGAGGAGCCACCCAAGGAGAAGCCCCCACCACCCAAGGAGCAGCCCGCCCCGCCGCCGCCCAAGGUGGUGGAGAUCCCUUACCCGUGGCCGUACCCGUACCCGUACCCGGCGUGGCCGUCCGACUGCUGCUGCCACCACGGCCACGGCGGGUGCCACUGCUGCUCCUGCGGCAAGGCCCCUGAGCCUGCCCCGGCGCCGCCACCGCCGCAGUACUACCCGCAGUACGUGCCCCAGCCGUACCCCUGCAACCCCUGCGGCGGCGGCUACCGGAUCGUCUGCGAGGAGGACCCCUCCUACGCCUGCGCCAUCAUGUGAUUCCAUGAUCCCGUGAUGAGGGUGCGUGUCACUGAUUAGCAUGCCCUUAAUUACCAUUAUACCCCUCCACCAGUGUCAUCUCAUCAUGCCCUGCGCCCCUGCAUCCUGUAUAAUCGCCGUACAGAUUCAUCAUAUAUACUCUAUACAUAUAUAGCAUCAUGUAUACCGUACCCCUGCCAUCCCCUCUUUAGCUUGUGUAUUGUGUUCUGCUUCAUUUAUAUAAUAUAUGGUAUAUAAGUAUAUGUUAGGUCAAGGAAAGAAUAAAAUAAGCAAUGAUGUUGUUUUUUGUGUAAAGAAAAAGGUCAAGGUGUGAGAGAGAGAGUGGGUGUUCAUCUGUUGAUGGCAGCAGAAGUGUCUAUCUUUCA